CUCAGACUCACACAGUCGCAACUUCAUCGUGAAAGGCAAAGCCAGGCGGAAGAACAAGUUCCAUCAUGAAUCUGGACGCGCCCAGUUUGGAUCCGAACCUUUUAUUGCUGACUACGGCGGCAUCUUCGUUGGAUGGACGAAGUAGCAAAACAGCGGCACCACGGCAGCCACACUUUUCGACAGAUUCGGUGGCGCAAAACUACCCAGUCGUCAUGCAGCAUGUGCAAACUGGCCCUUCGGUGCAGCCGGGAUCAGCCUUCGGGUUUGGCACAAUCAACCAACCUGUCACUCAAAUUCCCCAGCCUGUGACGCCGGCGCGGAGUAAUUUUGAGGAUGCGAAAGGACCCUCUACUUCGUGGUGGGUAGGCGUACCUCCAUAUUCUGCUGGAAUCGUCAAUGCAGCUGCAGUAUCGACGCAGAACGUUGGUUACAAUCGGGAUGGUUCGUCCACUGAACAUCAGGGACAAGGAAGCCCGCGGCGCGAUCCGAACGCCAUCUACAAGUCAGGCCCAUCUUCAUCCCCCAACCCAGCGACUUCUUCCUGGGCGAGUCCGCGCAUGGUAGCUACUUCACCAAACACUAGCAAUUGGUGGGGAGGAGCAGCACGACGAGAAAGCUACGACAAGUGGGGGUCGUGGUACAACGACCAUGGUCAAGGAGGCACGUAUCAUGGCUACAACAACUCGAAUAGCACGUCAUAUCAACAGAACUACCGGACCAAUCAAAAGUACGACUAUUGGAACAAUUGGGGCACCAACUGGCACAACAAAACGUGGUAUGACAACUACAGCGGCUGGAACAACGACAAGCCAAACAGUAAUGCUGGUAGGGGGCAUCAGCAAAACGAUAAAGACUGGUAUCAUGGACGGGAAGGGAGGGAGCAUGCAAGGAAUGCUUCAUCUUUGUCGCCUAGGUCGUCGAGAGCGCAGUUGAAAAGAUCGCACGAAGAGAUUGAAAAGAACCUCCAAUCAGCCGUCAAGGGGUACGACGAGGAACAGGAACAUGAAAAAUUGCUACAAAACUCUCCUUCAUGGCGCAACAACGUUAAUAGCAGCAGAUCCCGGUCACAAUCUCCGCAGCAAGUCCGGUCGCGAAACAGUCGGGGGCCGCGCGAGAAAUUUGUCUCUGAGUACAAGCAGCAGUACAGAGAUCCCUCCCCAAUGUCAAACACACGUCGUUCCAGAGGCCGUCUUGUUUCGGAUGCUGACGGUGACGUUGGUGGCGCGUUUGGAGGCAGCGCAGAAGAUUCGAGAGCGGGCGGACAUCAGAGCAGAAGCAGGAGUCGUUCUCCGGACCGUGGACGCAGCUCCGGGGCGCUUCAAAGAACCAGUUCGGGGUACUGGAACAGGAAUGCAGACAUUCAUCAUCAAACUGGUGAAUCUUCUUCUUACCUAGCACCUGCGACCCAUCUGUCUUCCAGUCGAAUGAUCAUGGACCACGAUGGCGCACGAUGCUACGGAAAUGGAGAGACUGCUGCACCGCUGCAGGAUAACAUUCCGAACUCAUCCGUCGAAAACGGUGCUCGCACAACUCAAGAAAUCAACUCUUCCGCGCAACAGCCAACUUCUUCCGUACCCGUGUUUUCGGACCGCGUCCGCCAGCUGAAAGCCGUCUGCGACGACUACAACCAUAGCGCUGCAGACACGAAAAAGCUGAAGGAGCAAAAGGUUCGGCGAGAGAAUCGCGAGCAUUCCGUCGCACAGGAAGCCCGGGCGACGCUGUUGCAGGCCCUUGAGAAGCACACCGAACAGGCAGAGAAGCGGGCAAACGUGGACGCACUCGCACAGGUGCUGCUCGAGAAAAAACGGUCACAGCCGUCGUUGCGCAGUUCCAGGCUUGUGGCGCCUGACGAAGCAGAGGUCGAACCGAAAGCCGGAGAUCCCGCGGGGCUCGGAAAUUCGUACCGACCUGAGCAUGUCAGUCCGCGGUCGCCUGCCGCGCAAGGGGCGAGUAAACCCGAUCACAUUCAUAUAAGAGGUUCAACUGUUGAUUUUAUAACUAUUUUCGAAUUUUUCUCAUAUAGCUAAAACGUAAUAGUUUUAAUUAGCUAGCUUUGCGGCUUAUGUAGGUAAGCUAGGUAGGUUCUUUGCGGCUGCAGACACAGCCGCAAAGAACCUACCUAGCUUACCUACAUAAGCCGCGGAAAUAGCUAUUUAAACAUAACUAGUUUCUGAAUGCAAAGUAGCUAUUUGAGAAAAAUUCGAAAACACUUAGAAAAUCAACAGUUGAACCUCUUAUAAUUCAGGACGAAAAGGCUGGCCGCGUCACGGGCUUCUUGGCGCAAUCGCCGGGAUUUAGAAAUCGAGAAUCGCAACCGCGCGGGCACCACCAGUGGCAGGUACUACCUGCGAGUAGACGUUCCUUGCUGAAAUCUGCAUUUGCGUCCAGGUUCACCUCGUGUAGAGGUUUCUUUGCUGUUGCGCUCGUUUUUGUUUUGUGAUUUUGAGAAAGUCGAUAAAAUGCGCACCAGCCUCCCGGCGCGUAUCAGCGCACCUUCGACCUGGAAGCUACGCCGACGCUUUCCAGUCCCCGGGACAGGAGCGGCUCCCCUUCGCGGCAGCUCUCGAGCCUUGCCGGCUGCGCUGCGUUGGUUCGGAAUGACCCGUCCACCCAGGAGCAGAGCCCAGAGCAAAAGUUGAGCACCCAGCGGUCGUACCGCACGGAUCUGGCACACCAGAUUGCCGACAAUUCCACGUACGUGGCAAAUCUCAACCCGUUCUGGAGUCCGCGACGGAAAGAAGACGUUCUGCAUCGGGAGGCGAGCGCAAACCGCGUCCACGUCGGUUUGCACCAGUGGGAGCGAGACGAAAAGCACGCACGGCACCUGGCCAAGUGGGCCACGCAGCGGGAGCGGCCGCAUAGCAGCGGCAGUCUGGCCUGCGGCGGUCGUCGGAGCGGUAGAGGGCCCGGGAAUCAACACGCGCAUCACGCGGACCAUGUCAUGUACUUAUGUAAAGUUCGGCUGUUGUCAGUGCAAUUUGUACUUAUGCGUCGUCGUGACUGACAGAAGUGCCGUCAGUAAGGAGUAGACCACCGUAGUGACUGUUUUUUUCAGCCCGCGCAAGAUCAGGGGGGCGGGAAGAUCCGCUUCUGUGGUGUAAGUGUCUUCAAAAUGAAAAUGAAUCUCACUAUUACAGGGAUACCAAAUCGUUUUCGGUGCAGCCGCCCCGCCGACCGUCGACUUCUUGUUCGAAUUCUCGGCGCUCGAGCUUGUCUUCCGGCGGCCAAACCACGGACUUCAUCAAGCGAAACCGGUUGCUCGCAGCGUCGUAUGGAAAAAGCAGACGAGACAAGCAAUUCGAGGUGACAAACACGCUCGAUCAGUUUUGGAAAAGGGAGAAUGAUCAAGGUAGAAAUUAUCCCUUUAUGUACCGGCUGUACACUUUCCUACCUUGUUGCUUGUAGUUGUAGUCUUGGUAGAGUCACCCAUCCGAUGGGCAUCGUGUUGCUGUUGGUGUGCGGAAUAUACCUUGUUACUCUACAAUAAUCUUUAGGUGCUCGAACCCGGCUUCUCGCGUCUAGCGGUGUAAGCAAUAACUACCUGACCCACGAGCAGCGGAUCCAGAAGAACGCAAUCGCGUUUUUGCAGAAGGUGGAGCAAAACGACAAGCGGCUUCCGGUCGUUCCAGAGGCCAACUCGGAAUACAGUUCGCCUUCCCCCCAGCUGCUGCAACAAAAUCCUCCGGGCGGAGCUGGGGCGGGAAAUCCCCGUCAAUACGAGCCCUCGUCGCCGUCCCCCGGAAUGAAGAUCGGAAACAUAAACGACGGUCCGGAGGGCUUCCAGUUCAACUUCGGUCCGAGCCAGGUCUGCAUAUCCCCGGGAAAGAAUCGGGGAACAGUGGCGCUUGUGGUAAAGGAUCAGCAAGGGCGGAUCACGCAGCAAGUAGAAGAUAUGUCGAAGGUAAAUCUAAAGGCAAGAAAUAAUCACUACGAUAAAACCCAGGAGCCUUGUUUAGGUUUUCAUGUUGACACAUUUAAGCGUGGUUUGGACGAGCAUGAAUUUGAAAUUGCAGCCGUUCAACAACAAAAAUGAAUUUCAAGUUUAAGCUGCAUUUCAGGUUUCUACAGCGCUUGUUCGGAACUAUGCGGGCCCCGAUCCCCCACCCUCGCAGCAAGAAGUAAGGACUGCAGCGCCCUCUAGCAGACCCGCGCAAUUCAUCCGCCCCCCACCAUCGCAACCAUGGCCUGAUCUGUCCUUGAUGCCUCUACCCUUUGAAAACAACCCGCCGAAUGCCAGUACCCCGUCGAUGGGACUGCAGCCGCCGCAACUUUCGGCCAUGCCGAAACUGCCGGAUUCUAGCACCAAAGUCCACGAUGCAAGGGCAGAGAGACACGCGACGUCGGCAAAGAAAUGGCGCGAGGACCCGGGGUUGCACGAUGCAAUAUCGAAGUCCAUGGCCGCCCAGCAGCACCAGGUGCAGCCCCCAGGGGAGCGAGACAGAAAGCAGUCUUUUCAAAAUGACGACAAGAGGCCGGCGCUGUCUCAUCGUCGAUUGAGCAGUAGGAAUGCAACUCAGGCAGCCCAGGGGAGCAGACACCAGCACUCGACGGCAACUGCUGACUCCAACAAGCACGCGGAAAAAUUGUCGCAGAAUUAUCGAGAGCCCACAUCAGCGUGCUCCAGCAUGGCGCUUGUGCCAAUGCCAUCUGCCAUUACACCAACGGCGAUUGUGCCUGUAAACCCGCAUGGCUCUACUUCGUCUUCGCGCACGCCCUUGUUGGUGCGCGACGCCUCCCGGAGCGCAAGUGUCCGUGCGAGCAAGGAGAAGGACCGCAACACCGCCAGCAAAGAAACAAACUCCACCGUUUCUCGCCGCCCGAGCAGUGCUAGGCGGAUGUCCAAGGAGCAACUUGUUUACGAACAGAACGAUUUCUUCAGUCAGAAAAACAGAAAUCGAGUGAAAACGAAGAGCAUCCACUAUACGCAAACCUCUUUCAAUGUUACCAAUUACGCGCGAAAUCGCUCUGGGGCGCGGACGCCGACACCAAGGUGAAGAGGUCGUCGCAUAGAGCGACACUUGAGAAGAUGGGAUGACGCGUAUUUCUGUUGUCGUUGUGCAGCUAAGCCUAAGGCUUACCAGUAACCACGAUCAUCCGCUUUUCCAUUUGCGAAAAGCGAAAACUUCAAAGCAAUCACACAAAUUCCAACCCUCUUUCCCGGUGCGCAAUUAUGAUAAUGAUAGGAACCAGGUGAUAAUAAAUCGGAUAACUGUCUCGCAAUCUUUAGAUCGCAGAAGUUUUCCUCCGUGUAUGAUGAGUUAUUUCAUAUGUUUUGAGUGUUCUUAGCAAGUUGCCCUUUCAAUUAGUUAUUUGUUUCAUUUUUGAUUUUGACGUAUCAAGGGAGCAAUGUAUGGAUUUCAAUACAGUUCUUCGACAAGUAAAGCGACACACUCCAAUUUUAAUUUAAGUAGAAAACCAAAAGCAGCACCGGUGCUACCCUGAAGAUAAUUUUACAAAAAGAAAAGCAAGAAUUAAUGGAGUGACGUGAGGAACUAACAACGUACAUAUUGCACGAAGGUUAAUACUGGAAAAGUAUCAACGACAUCACCAUACACGAACAUUUUCAUGAAAAUGACUUGAUGUCAUAGCUUCGACGAGCUAGUCCUGUUUGUAGAAUCGAUUGAGAUUGACCACCCCAGCCUAGAUGUUUGAGGAUAACUUCUCACGCCUAUUAGUACAGCCUCUGCUCC